AUGAUUGUUGCCACGACGAUGCGGGCCGUGAGUGGGAGAGAGUUGAGAACGAUGACGCCGGGCAGCGAGACAGUGAGGCCGUUCAUGAACCUUCGUCGCAACGCCUCUCCCGGGCGCCUGUCGCCGUACCGGGCGGGAUCCGACAAGGAAGAGGAGUUUACCGAGGCCACGCGCCAGGGCUACUCGAGCGACAACUGGAAGAAGGUGGACGGACUCUCGGAAUCUGAAACCAAGUCCGACGAGAAGGGCGGGCCGGACACGAAGGCAACGAGACGUGGUUCGGGCUCGUUUCGCCAUCGAGUCCGCAAGACGAAGUCCAAAUCAACCGAGACACCGUGUCAGCGGAAAGCCGAGCUGGUCUUCACGAGGGGACCGGCGUCGCUGAAGAGCAAGAGAUCUUCUAUGAUCUUCCACACCGGCCCGGGCCUCCUCGGCAUCGAUCGUUGGGCAAGACCAAGAAAAUGCUACUCGGAUGGCGAGGGCGACUUCGAGGCCGACCGGGAUCAAAAGCUGAUUCUCGCGGACUCGAGAAGGGCCAAGCAACUGCGGCCGCACCACAGCAAGACCCAUUCCAAGACACAAAAGGUCAGGGUGCUCACCGACCAUCAGGCCGACUUACCGACCGUGUCCAACCGCGACUCGGACGACCUGGUGAUCAACGUCGCCCUCAGCUUGGCCUGCCAGUUCCUGAUCUUCAAAUCGAAGCAGUUCACCUGGAUGCUAGGGUGCGCCAGGCAGUGA